GAUUCUCAAUUAUUCUUCAUUAUUUCUUUAUUAACCUCACAUCAAAAUUUUUGUAUACUAAAUUUUUGUUUUUAAAUUGUGUUAUAUAUUACUAGUGCCUAUACGCAAUUCGAUUACACUGAACAACAAGAAAACGAUGGCUUUAUAUCCGGAGUAUGAGAAACUAUUCCUGCUGGAAGUGCUGGUGGACAGCGUGUACAUCAACCACUCCAGUCUCCAGCUGGAGCCGGCUGUCAAGGCCAACCUGAAGGAGACCUGCGUGAUGUUCCAGUUCCUCAACUAUCCGCCGCUGGUCGUGUGCGAGGAGGACUUCUACAAGUCCCAAGCUCCGACUUCGGACACCCAGCUGAGCUUCAAGAGCGGCAAGUCCUGCAUAUUCUCGAUACGCUCCUCGUUGGUGCCCACGCUACCGUACAAGUUCGACGUGAACGUGAGCGUGAUCCGCAAAGUGGACCAGCCGCAGGGGAAGGUGGUUCUGGGCACUUCGCUGAUCGGUCUGGGGGACAGUUUCGCGGCCCUGAUGCACUCCAGCGUGGCCGAGCCCGACCUGCCUCUCCAGAAGACUAAAGCGGGUACCUUCGAUCUCAACGACGAGAACGACAGGAAGAUCGGCGACGUCACCGCGUUCAUCCGGCUGUCGUGCUUCGGUCAGCUGAUCGUCACUCAGUUUCAAGUGGGGGCCGGCAGAGACGCUUUCAUGUUCAAGGGUACGGAGCCCAAGCAGGUGGUGGAGAUCCCCGGCGACUCCAGCAAGAUGCCGAAGAUCGAGGUGGAUCCUAACUACGUACCACCGGCCAGCGAGCCCAAGCCCGAGCCGGACAGAGGGUACGGCGACUCGAGGGUCGCCCAGCAGUACCAACAGCCCGACUACGGGAUGUACGAGAACUACGAGCAGCCUCAGCCCCAGGAAGAUGAGGGCAACUAUAAGGAGAUAGUCGCGGAGAUCCGAGGACAUUCUCUGCACAUCAAAGUGCCCAUGAGACCCAAGAAGCCCAAGGAAGACGACUUUGUCUGCAAGAAGCAGUUGGUGGACGAGAUAGAAGGACCAGUCUGCAAGUUCGCGCCUCCACUCAAUCUCUGUGACUGCGACUUUCCUGUUCCUCCAGAGGCAAUUCCGCGUUGUGGCCCGAGGAUGUAAUUCUUAAGCGUUGAUUUUAUCAAAUAAGAAAGCUACUUGUAAAGAGUUUUAAUGAAUUAUCAAAUUUCAUAUUUCUUAUUUUAAUAUUUAUAAAUAUUAGUGAAUUUAAAUUCAA